AUGGAUUCUGUUGUUGACCUGACUGAGGAACAGGAGCGUAUACAAAAGAAGACAUUCACGAACUGGAUCAACACUUAUCUAGCAAAGGCGAUCCCUCCCGACUGCAUCCACGAUCUCUUUGUCGACAUUCGAGAUGGCGUUAAGUUGGUGCGGCUGCUUGAAGUGUUGGCUGGUGUCCGUCUGCCCAUUGAAAGACCGACAGCGAUGCAACGAGCACACUAUCUGAGCAAUGUCGGGACGGCCCUAGACUUUUUGACAGGGAAGAGAAAGAUCAAGUUGGUGAAUAUCAACCCCUCCGACGUUGUCGACGGUCGACCGGCCAUCGUUUUGGGUCUCAUUUGGUCGAUUAUUCUAUCCUUUAAUAUUGAUGAGCAUAAUGAGGCACUUAACGUUGCAACGGGGGUCGCAGAGGUGACGAAAAAGGAUCAAACAGUAUCUGCAACUCCUUCCCCUAGGACCACCACACAGGGCAAGACGCCACCCGUGGCUCCAGUGGCUCGCAAGAAGGCGCUGCUUGCUUGGAUCUGUCGCUGCGUCUCUCCCAGUUUCAGGUCGUUGGGCUUGCAAAUCAAGGAUUUUGGUCCCAGCUGGCGCGACGGCCGUGCAUUUUGCGCCCUCGUACACAGCGUUGAGGCAGAGAGUUUGGAUCUGAGCAAGAUUCGACCCAAAGACAAUAAGGCGAAUCUAAAGCUCGCUUUCAAUGCAGCUGAGCAAUGCCUCGGCAUUCCACAACUACUCGAUGUAGAAGAUGUGGAUGUUGAUAACCCGGAUGAGCGCUCGGUAAUGACAUAUGUUGCACAGUUUCUCAAGGAAUAUCCAAAUGGCAAGAAAACGACUAAACUUGUGAAUCAAAAGCUGGGUGGUCGUUCUGGUGGUGGUGUGGCAUCAGCCAAGUCUUUCGAGACUUCUUUGGACGCUGUCGAUUCUGCCAUCGACCCUUCUCUGGUGCUCAGUGCUUCCACCGUCUCCCUCCACAACCCCAAAUCCACCCGGAAGGAACGCGUUACUACCCCUACUCUACUAGACGACGAGGGCAUUCGUAGCCUACUGGCGGCCACGAGUUCUAGCCUCACCGCUUCUGAUGAGGAGGUAGUGACGAACCCAGAUGCGGCGCAUUCCAUGCCCAACAUCAGAGCCAUGUCUCUAACCUCGCCCCGCCGGCAGGCCAGAGCUCGAACCUACGCCGACCUGCGGCUGGCCCGGGUGGCGAAAACGUUUUCACGAUGUCGUGCCAUCGCCAACAUUCGAGUCACUGCGGAUCGCACGGAGGAGACAAAAAAUGCGGUCAAGAUUAUUCACAUUGAAAAUCAGAUAAAGGAUUCGAAUGCACAGGCUGAGGAAGAGCGCAACUUCGUCAUUUACAUAAAAGAGCUGAUCUCAAGGAUAAGACAUGAACCUUUGGAGCCGAAGGAUCUGUUGCAAGCGCUUGAGGAAUUCUACCAAGCCGAGCAGCAGCACCAAAGCCUGACGACAUGUCUAGUGGAGAUGGGCAAGCGGAAGCGUCAAGGCCUCCUACUUGGCAUCUUGCCAUCAGAAUUGGCGGGAAUUGAGGCUAAGUGGACACAAGUGAAACCAGCAUUGGACGAGUGGCGUUGGCGUUUGGACGAUUCUUUGCCUGGCGACUGGGCAACGGUGGGUCGGUGGCUGGGCCAGCUGGAGCGCUGUCUCAGCACCGCCGCUCGCCUUGCCAUCGAACUGGAUGCUGCGAGCACCUCUGAGGCCGACGCGACUACUCGGUGCUCACAAUUCGCUGCACAGUUGCAUGAUCUUGAGGCGAGUCACAUUGGUUUUUUGCUUAAUGAGAAGCUGAAGGAUAAAGACAGAAUGUCCGAGUUGUUGGGUUUGCUAGUUAAGACUAACACAGCGAACGAGCCCUCAGCCCUUCCCAUCACCGUAGUGAACGCUAUUAAGAAGCGCUUUCACGACGUCUGUCAUGAGGCACAGGCCAGUCUUCGUCGCACUAAUCGCCUUUAUCUGCGCUGGAAAUUAGCCGACAACAUCACUGAGAUUGUCGAUUAUAUCAAUGUCCUAAAAAACACGCGAUAUCAAAAGUUGGAGGAGGCUGCAGAGAGCAUGGAGCAGAUUCAAGAGUGGAAGAAGAGUAAAGGGCUACCGCAGAGAAUGGAUGAGGAUAUUGCAGCAUUGGAGGAGCUUUGUAAGGAAUCGGAGGACAAAUCAAACAGUGAGUCUGCGACCUCGGUGGGUGAGCAGCCAGGAUCGGGUCUGCUGACGAUCCAGGUCAAGGCCGGGGGGGGAACGUUGAUCAUGCGCGAUGUGGCCGAGACAGAGCGCAUUGAAGCCAGUAUGUAUCUCUCCUCUCUCCGGAUGCGAUGGGCUGAGGCGUUGGAGGAUCUUCUGGCACUAGAAAAGUCCUCAAUGAAGCUGGUGGAAACGUGGCGUGCCUAUGAAACGGAGGCGCAGACGCUCCACGCGUGGAUGCAGGAGGCAGAAUCGAAGCUUAAAGAGAAAACCAUCUCCAACACCGAGAAGCGCUUCAUUCUCGCCCAAGCGAAGCAGUGGCGUCAGCGGCUGAACGCCCUACAGGAUUUGGGUGCCAAACUCAUCGGACAGUCGACCAUCCCCGCUGGUGAGGCUAUCAACACUCAGUUGGUCAGCAUGUUGCAGCGACUUGACAGCAUCUCCAAUGAGGUCGAGAAGUCGUACCAAGCUGCGACUGUCGAGACAUUGAAAGGAGACUUGGAUCAAACACUAAAUCGUAUGAACGAAAUGCUUCAGGCAGCUACAGAUUUGCUGAAUAGGGAGGUCUGCCUUCCACAGACUACCAGCAUGCAGAAGGCUGAGGAGGCCACAUCAGAGUAUCGAAACCAACUUCAGACUACCAAGGAGGACCUUCUGAAUCAUCUCGAGACUGAGUACAAUAUGGCAAAGGAGCUCUCUGAAAAACUUAUGGCAGCUGCCCAGGAAGGUGAAAUCGACUACUCGGAGGUAGAGCGGUGUAUGCAGGAGACGGAUCGUCUUCGACGUUUGUUGCAGCAGAUGGCAGAGGAGAAGAUCGACGAUCGCCUCUCCGAGUUGGCUCUGGCGAUGCGCGAGGCCGUCUCGGUGGCUGUGAGACUUGCUCAGAUGUCUGAGUGGAUUGAGGAGACCGAGACAGUGACCAAUGCCAACUCCUUCACAACUCUUGAUGAGAUUAUGCUUGAUAGUCUCGCCAGUAUUGCUCCUGAUGAGGCGAUUCACCGACUCCAGAAAUGCUGCGACAGCAUAAUUACACACACGAAGGCACUUGAAGAGGCGGAAGGAUGGCUGGAGGAGUUAAAGGCGAAAGGCUUGAAGUCCGUCAACAUCUCCCAACUCGAAAUGGCCAUCGCGGAGACCAAAGGCCGCAUAAACAUAAUGCUAGAGCAAACACGAAAACGUGAACAGCUUCUACGGGCCCAAAUACAGACACAGGGAAAGACGAUGGAAGUAGCCAACACCCUGGAGACAUGGUUACGUGAAGCGGAGGGAGUAAUCACCACCUCUCAGGAGAGCAUGCUACCUUUGAAUGCCAAGACCAUUGCAGACGCCUCUCGUCUCACUCAGUGGAGCCUAGACCGACUAGAACAACAGCGUAACGCCCACGAAGCCUUCUGCGAAGAGCGCUUGGCUCAGGGCGCAGAGCUGCUUAGUCGCAUGGACGAGUGCUUCCAAAGCUUUACUGAGGUUUGGCCUGAGGUCGCCAUUGUUCAGGGUUCCUCUUCUGACUCGGAGAUGGUGGCUUGUGCUCGAGAAGUCGUUUCUCGUGUGAAGCUUCUUAAACAACGGUACAGCGAUGCCACUGCGCGAUUACCUCGGUCUCUGCUGGCCGUUAGAUUCGUGAUAAUCGACAUGAAGAUAGGCGAAAAGUUGAUGGAGGCAUCGGAACACCUGAGACAGGAAGAAUUGCGCAUCGAAAGUGGGGAGGAGGUAUCCCUCAUUCUCAGUGAGCACGAGGCCUACUUCUUUUCGCCAGACUUCAUCGAAGAGCUGCCAGCCAUGAUAGUUGAAAUGGAGCAUAUUUUGGAGGAAUUGGUCAAAUUUGAGCCCGACUUGGCGGCCCAAUUUGCAAAACGCACGGAGGUGCGAGGAAAGACCCUCUUCCAGUUAAAAGAUCGUGCGGAACACUUUGCCUCAAACAUGCGCGAUUUGCCAGAACGGUGGCUCGACUUUGACUCCAAACUUGGCGGUCUGGAACAGUGGACGAGCAAGUUGGAAAAUCUGGCCACCCGACUCCGCUCGGAGGGUCUGCCGGGUAGUAAAGACAUGAUGGAUCCUAAAGUGGCUGCAGAGAUCGCUCAACGAUAUCGAGACAUGCUGAAGAAGUUUGAGGAGAUGGUUGACUCCUCCAGUCUCAAUAUCUCCUUAGCAGAGCGGUUAAACAAGAUCCUACAGGAGCUAAUUGCCGAGGGCGGUCUUUCGCCUCCCAAAAUGGCCAAAAGACGCGCUUCGCUGGCUCACGUGUUAAACAGUCUGCAUGACAUUGAGACUGUCACGCCCAAUGUACUACAGACAGCUAAAAACAUGGUUGAUUUGCUGGAUAAACAUGUAUCCAAGGCGAGCAAGCAGGAUCGCACAAAGCGCUUCAGAUCCCACAUGGAAGAGAUAAUGAGCGACCCCACAACACAGACCAUCGACUCGGACGAGAUGCGUCGCCUAUUGGCAGAGCGAGAAGCGCUGAUCGCACGGGUCAACGAGAAGAAGGCCUCUCUGGUCUACUUAAUGCAAAUACCCACUUCCAAAACCACCCACACGUCCCAAAUGCCCCCUGUAGAGGAGCGCUUUCUCCAGGUCUGGGAGGAUGCCGAUCGGAUGCUGGAGGAGAAGGCGGCGAACCUCCGAACCGCUACCCAAGCCACUAAGCAGUUCGAAGAGGUGCGAAACCGUCUUUUCAAUCUCCUAGGAGAGGCCCAGUUCCUUCUGAAGUGCUCCGCUGGCUCUGCUUACGAAUCCAAACUCACUGACGGUGCACCAGUUCGCUCCUAUGAGGCAUUUGCAACUCUCUCCAACAAGGGUGUUGAGCAGCAUGACAACAUUGAAAACAUUGCGACCUAUGGCCCUUCGAAGAUUCGUGAACAAACUACUGCAAUACAGACACAUCUAAAGUCACUGGAGAAGGCAGCGGCGGAUAUCACGAAGCUGCGCGGGGCUGCAGACCUAAUUGCUGAACAACUGGGUCCUGAAAAGUCGGCUGAGCUUGAGUCGAUUAUUAACCAACUGGAAAGGGAUAUGGCUCUCACGAAAUCUGCCCUGGAGGAACGACUAACAGCUCUGAAGUUGGCGGAUUCACGAUGGGCGAAUAUUCAUGAGCACGCUCAGCAGUUGGAGGAAUCCCUAGGAGCGCAGGAAAAUACACUCGCAGACUUACGAUUGCAUAUUGAAACCGCUUCUCUAGAAAACUGCGAUGAUACUGUCAGUGUAUGCGAUGCUUAUCGAAAGUACCUAGAGACAUGUGCUCAAGAUUUGAGGAAACUUCAGUCAGACGCGGCAAGUUUGGGAUCGGAGAUAGGCGAUGUAAAUUCCACGUUGGCUGGAAUGUUGACGAUGGAGAGGGUGGACGAAAAUGGCAUCAUCGUGAAGGAGGUACCAGAGUUCGUCGAUCCUGAGGUCACAGCUGUUCAAAAGAAUAUGAACGCUCUUCUCCUUCGCCAAAAGGGAAUCAACAAUGCUUGCCUUUCACUAGAACAAAUAAUUACUUCAACACUAGCAGCUCUUGAGGAGUACUCAAAGUUAAGUGGAUCUGUAGAGACUUAUUUGAAUCGCGUGGAGGCUGCUCGUGAUAUGAAAUAUGCCUUUUCUGACCUCGAAGAGGUGAUGGCGGUUAAGGGGCAAUUGAAUUCUCUGUUAACCCUGAGACAGGCGGAGAUUGAUAGCGCUACCUGGAGGAUGCGUGAACUUUCCCCAUUCUUGAAGAAAGUUCCACAGACUGCUGCUGCAGACGCUAAACUGUCACAAAGUCUGGAGGCAGCUGAUGGGUGGUUGUCGACGCGGGCUUCGUAUAUAGACGCCCUCACCACUGAUUGGUGCAUGUGGUCCAAUGAGAUGGAUAAGAUCUCAGCAGAGCUGCAGCAAUUGGCUGAUAAUGUGGAGCGCGUGGACACAGACGCUGCCGUGGACAUAACGCAGCGUGCCAACCAGGCAGCGCGUCAAUUGGAGCAGGUGCAACUGCUGAGGGCACGUUGGAAGGCUCUGCGGCCACAGACAGAGGCAGUGAUAACCCUCCUCUCGGGUGGCUCCAGGGGCAGCCAACUCACCAUGGAGUCGGCACAUCACGUCGUCCCACAGCGUUACACUAUGGUGGGGGAUCAGUUACGAGACCUCUUCUCAAUUCUGCAAGAUAUGAGUACCAAGUUGGAGGGGGAGUUUGAUGCACAGGACAAGUUUACUAACGAUGUGGAGCGACUCGUCCACAUGGUUUCCGUGGCUGAGAAGCGGCUAGGCAAGGUCACUGGAAUCUGGAUUCCCUCGGCACCCACUCUUCUGGCCCAAGUCACUCAACCCAUCUCCCAAAUUCAUCUACCGGGAGAAAGUGGGAGGGAAAAAACCACCCUUAAGCACGCCCGUGCGGCCAUGCUUGCCUGCGUGUGGUGUCGCGGCAGCAUUGCACGAAUGGGCGGAGUACAGGAAGUGAGUGUAAACCCAUGCAUGUACGAGCAUCCCAGCUUGUGA